ACAGCAGCUUGGGGUUAAAGUAUACAUCCUGCGUGAUGAUCGCUUGCGUGUGACGUCAGCGGAGGCCAACACCAAACUAGGAACUAGCAGUCGUAACCGUGAUGCAUGCUGGGUGCGUAGACCGGCAAGAAGAAGAAGAGACAGAACGUAGAUCUUUAGGGAACAUUUGGAAGGACGGGGAGAGUCUGAUAGCUGGAGGCAGAGAGUUCCAUGCAGAAGUCUUGCAGUCAGGAAUGGGAUGAAGAGAGACGAAGGAACAGCAGAUAAGAAAAGAAUACCAGGAGAGGACAAUAUUAAUCUGACAUUGGUGUGAUACUACAGGUAACAUGAGUGCUAUUGCUCAGUCUGUUAAGAAAUGAAUGAACUGAAAUCUAAAUUCCAGUGCACCCCACCAGCAACAUUACAAAUUCCUGCUGAAGUUGCAACCUCCAAGUUCUAUAUGUCACCUGCUGAUGACUUUGAUGUGCAGAUUGCCAACCUGGUGGAAGUGUUUUUGGUUGAAAUUUAUAGGUGCAAGGUAUGCCAGUUUACUAGCAGCCUGAAAAAUAAAAUGUGUCUUCAUGUGUCAGAUGUUCACCAGCUAGACCAACUACAGUUCCUUUCUAGGGACUUGGAAAUAAACACUGAUCAAGAUGAAAAUGAUUCCUAUGGCAUUGGAGAGGAUAUUACGCAAGAAAACAAAGAUAAUGAGGAGAACCUGGAGAAAAUGCCCUUCUUGUUACCUGUGUAUAGAAUGCUGAACACAAUGAGCCCAGAAUCAUGUGAUAUGAGCAUUGGCGAUCAAUGUGACAAUGCAAAUUUGACAAAUUCAAGUGAAGUGAAUUCGCUCUUUGGAGAGGAUCCAUCUCCUUUCCAGCUGGAUGAGUCUGCUCCAGCAGAAUCAAUUCCUCCUUCCAGUACUACAAACUCUCCUACGUUCAGUAAAAGCAAAGACGAGGAAGAUGCUCAGUGUGAGCAUCUCUUGUCUCUUGGGCUUUGCAGAAUCUCCAGUAUCAAGACACAUUCUUUAUCAUCUGGAACGGAGACCUCAGAAGUCACGCUGAAAAGGAGUCUUUCUAAGAGACACAGCAAAGUUACAAAAGAUGAUGUUUGUACGCAUAUAGGAAGGAGUAUGGCAAAAGGCGUUAAUGACAAACAAAAGUAUAUGUGUGAAAUUUGUCAGCUACAGCUAAAAUCAAAAGACUGUUAUAGAGUCCACAUGCAGUGUCACGGAAAGGAUGGUGGUUUUAAGUGUUUUCAUUGUAACUGCUAUACAGUGGAAUGGAUUGCAAUGGAAAAGCAUUUAAAAACUCACAGCAGUAUAAAAAUGGGUUAUAAUUGUCAGGUGUGCAAGAAACAUUUUUUUAUGCGCAGAAAUUGGAAAGCACAUAUGAGAAUCCAUAACAUAAAAAAGAAUGCCUUCUUCUGCUCAAAAUGCCCUUCCUCCUUUGAAACAGAACAUAUCAGAAAUCUGCACCUGACAUGCCAUCAUGAAGAUGGAUUUAAAUGUUGGCAGUGUGGAUUUGUAGAUCAUGAAUGGAGCAAGAUCUAUAAACAUCUGUGUGUUCAUGACAGCAGUCUUCAGCCCUAUAUAUGUAGUACGUGCAACCAAAGAUUUUACAGAGAGGCACAGCUGAAAGCACACUUGGCCAAACAUAGAAAACAUGGCUCUGUCUCAUGCCCACUGUGUGAACAGACAUUUACGAGCAACUAUCAAGUGAACCUACAUCAUAAAAAUUUCCAUCGCAAACAGAAGACCAGGGAAAGUGUUAAGAAAAAGAAAACAGAAGAUCACACAUUUGCUGUUGAGGCUAGUGUCCCUGCCAAGACACCGAAAAUUCCAGUCCUAGAAUUCACCUGUAAUAUUUGCAGCAGGAAUUGUUCUUCUAAGCUGGCACUACAGAGGCACAUGGGAGUGCACGCUGGAGACAAACCAUUUCAGUGCCAACAGUGCGAGUAUAAAACCAGACUGAAGGCUUCAUUAAUACAACAUAUGAGAGUACAUACUGGUGAGAAGCCAUUUAAAUGUAAGUUAUGCUCAUAUGCAUCAAUAGAUGCCAGCUCUUUGCGCCGACAUAUCAGAACCCACACCAGCGAGAAGCCUUAUAAAUGUCAGCAGUGUUCAUAUAGCUGUAUACAGAAGAAAAGUCUUGAUCUGCAUGUCCGGCGUCACCACACGGGGGAGAUGUUCAACUGCAACUUUUGUCAUUAUUCGUCCCCUGACAAACAGUUACUGCAGAAGCAUACAAAGAAGCAUCAUGUCACAGAACACUCCAAAAGUAUCAACACCAGUUGACAAAUAUUGGCUAUUUUGGUGGACUUUAAAGAACCUUAUUUUUAUCUAGCAAAUGAAGAGUACACAUCCAGGCCACAAAGUCUUGAUGCCUAUUAAAUUAUGUCCAUAGAAGGAUUAAAGGAUACUCUAAGAUUCCCUCAAAAUUGUAAAUCUUGGGGAUAUAAUGGACUAUGCAUAUGUUCAUUCUCGAAAUAGGAACUUCACUUUAAUGGAACAGUUCAGUUUAAAAAUAAAAAAUGGAUAAAUAGGCUGUGCAAAAUAAAAAAUGUUUCUAAUAUAGUUAGGCAAAAAUGUAAUGUACCAAUAUGUGACACAGCUCCGUUCAAGGAUUUUUAGUUUAAAAAGCCUUUAUUUAGCACAUGGCUUUAAUGAUCUGCAACAAUACAACGUUUCGGGCCUGCUUCCUGUUACUGAUACAUUUACUGUGUUACAAUUUAUACUUUCUCAAACAGAGCCAUCUCAUGGCUGCAAUGUAUAACUUCUCCCAACAAUUCAACAAAGAAUCAAAAUUGUAUCACUUAUCUCUUGUAGUUACAUUUAGGUCAUGGGGUUCUAGUGUUUCCAAUAAAUGAAUCCAUUUGGCUUC